CAAUUGCUAGUUUAAACUAGUUGUAUGUUGAUCGCUUAAAGUAGUUUAUGGCUUGUUAAAGCUAAAAACAAAGCUGGAAGCACUGAAAGGAGACAGCACCACCAGGGAAAAAAUUGAAUUAAAACAUAUAGCCGAACGCGGUGCAGGGUAAGAGGGGUAAUAAAUAGAGGAGCACAAAUAGGUGCAAAAGGGCUGGGAAAGUUGAAAAGUCUAAAACCUCCAAUUACGCAAAGAAUGGAUGUAAAUAUAUUGCCUGCGCUGGCUGAAGACGAGGAAGCGCAAGCCACUGAACAACCUGCCUCUGUAUUUGCGUUUGUUCCACCCCGUCCUCCCACUCAGAGUACGGCUAGCAAAUACUCACCUUUACCAUGGAAAGGCCACUUUGAUAAGGAGGAGGACAUCAACAUUCCAGAUUCCAAUACGACAUUCCAUGUAUAUUCUGCAGGAACAGAGGGGCCAGUAGUUUUCUGUCUGCAUGGAGGAGGUUAUUCAGGGCUCUCUUUUGCAUUGGCAGCAGGCAAUAUGAAGCAAAAAGCUCGAGUAGUUGCCAUGGAUCUUCGGGGACAUGGGAAGUCACACUCAGAUAAUGAAAUAGAUAUGUCAAUAGAGACGUUAUGUGAAGAUGUAUUGUCUGUUAUCAGGAUAAUUUUUGGAUACGAUCCACCUGCUAUUGUGCUGGUUGGCCACAGUAUGGGAGGUUCAAUUGCAGUGCACCUAGCAAGGAAGCAAGUACUUUCAAGUUUGGUGGGGCUGGUGGUUGUAGAUGUUGUUGAGGGAACGGCAAUGGCAUCUUUAGUUCAUAUGCAGAAAAUUCUUUCCAACAGGCCAUUACAUUUUUCGUCAAUUGAGAAAGCUAUUGAAUGGAGCAUUAAAGGGGGUCAGCUAAGAAAUCCUGAAUCUGCUCGUGUAUCAGUUCCUUCAACACUAAAAUUUGAUGAUGAGAGGCAAUGUUAUGUAUGGCGCACACCUCUUGAGAAAACAGAACAUCAUUGGAAAGGCUGGUAUGAAGGUUUAUCUGAAAUGUUUCUUUCCAGUCCAGUAGCCAAGGUUUUACUCUUAGCUGGUACAGACAGAUUAGACAGAUCCUUAACAAUUGGCCAAAUGCAAGGCAAAUUUCAGAUGAUAGUAAUUCGUCACACAGGCCAUGCCAUCCAGGAAGACGUCCCUGAUGAAUUCUCCUCAACAAUUCUUAAUUUUAUUUCUCGUAAUCGAAUUGGACCUGGUGGAAUAGAGAUUCCUCGGUUCAAGCGUUGAAGGUUAAAUUUAGUUUGGGAGUCGGAUGUUUUCAUUUGACUAUUGUUUCUAUUUUGCGAUGUUGGAGUUGCAUGGUUGCAAUGAGUUACAUUUGGAGAUUUUGACAUUAUCUAGCGUGAUAUGUUUUCACAAAGUAGCCUUUUUGGCUUUUUUUUUUGGCACUUGAAUCCCUUUGUCAAGUUACUAAGCAUUAUGUAUAGUUUUAUCUUCUUUUACGAUGAUUUAGAAUCACGCUACAUGUAGAUGCUUGGGUUUUGUUGAAUUCUUGUCCUGUUCUUUUCCUGGCCUUUCUCAUGUCUGCUGCAAUAAGAUGUAUGUUGUAAACAAAAAAAUCUGUAAUAUGCACUCUAUAAUACACUGUUCAAUUUUGACCCCUCA